AAGCAAUGUACAUGUGUAAUUGGUGAUACGUUUCAUUUGUAAUUAACAAUGGCAGAGGACGUUAAACCAGAAACAAUUAAAAAGACGCAAGAUUUACUUGGGAAGUAUUUCAAGAAACCACCCCUCACAGAGAAAUUAUUAAGGAAACCACCGUUUCGGUUUCUCCACGAUAUUGUUUCGGCGGUCAUAAAUGAAACUGGUUUCUUAAAUGGUUUGUAUACGGAGGAAGAACUGAAUUCAGAAAAUAUAAAAAACAAAGAGGCGAAACUUGCUUAUUUGACAAAACUGAUCGACGUCGUGAAAUUAGCUACUGGAAUUAAUUUAACUGUACGUGCCAGUAAGAUAAUCUCAGGCCAGGAACCAACUAAAACAAAUGAACUAUUACAAGCAAUUGGAAAAGCUUUAGACAAGAAGGUAAGUCUAGUUCAAGAAGUAAAUUGUCUGUAGCAAAAGAUGAAAAAAGAUCAUCGUCAAAAGAAACAUCCCAAAAGAAAGCUUCAACAUCAAAAGAGAAAUCUACAGAGCAAAAGAAGAAAGUUGCUAAUGAAAGUACAACGAUAAACGAAGAAACGCGUAAAAAUGAAAAUCAAGAGCCUCAAAGAAGUGAAAUUACAGAAGCACCACAAACUGAGUUAACCCAAGAGAAAAUUCCUCCAUCUGCACACAGAAAAAGAUCUUCAUCUGUUAAACCUAAACAAAAUACAUCUUCCACAACUUUGUCUGAAACUUUCUUGCAGUCAGAUAAGAAAACUGAUGAAAAUAAAAAACAAAAGGAAACUGAAAACAAAUCAAAAAAUGCAGCAAAUACUGAAAAUAAUGAGGUCCAAAAUCAAAUACUUAAUACAUCAAACCUUAUUAAUUCAGAAUCUAAAUCUGCAUCAAACACCAAAGAUAAUAAGAUUGAUGAAAACACAGACAAAGUGGGAUACAAGGAAAAUACUAUGAUAAAUAAUGAAAUUCCUUUAAAAAACAUAGAAAAAUCUGAUGAGUCAAUGUCAGAGACACAAAAGUUGCAAUCAGAAAAUAAUGAUGCUAGACCAAAAACUUCUUUACGUCCACCAACUGCAAGACCAAUUAGUGCCAGACCUGCAGCACCUAGGAUACGAGGCAAAGCAGAAUUAAUAAUUAAUGAAGAAAUACUAACACCCAUGGGAAAUAUUAGUGUCAUUGUGGAAAAUUCUGAUCUUAAGGAUGAUGAUGAUGCUGAAGACAUGGUAGUUAUGGAAACAAAAGGAAGUGGUAGUGAUUUUUUAGAAACUAAUGACAACUAUAAAGCUGAUGAUCAAUUAACGCAAGAACAUGGACAUCUUGUUGCUCAAAUAUUAGAAACACAAAAGGAAUUGAUUAAUAAUGAUAAUGUUGAUGUAAUACCCAAGAAAACAAAUAUUACAUGGGAUACAAAUUCGAAACGUGACAUGAUAACGAAAGAAAUUGAUAAAUUACGAAAUACGAUACAAACGUUAACACGUGCAACAAAUCCACUUGGAAAGUUAUUUGAUUAUUUUCAGGAAAACGCUAGAAUUAAUAGAACCUAUGAAAGAAACAUUAAAAGAGAUUGAUCAUAACAUGAAACUACAAUUGGAUAAAAUAUGUCAAGCAAAAUCACAGAUUAUGAAGAAUGAUCAAAGGAUACAAACAUUAUUAAAUGGUCAUAUUUAAAUUUCUGUUUAAAUUUCAUUAUCUACAAAAUGAUAUUUUUCCGUUAUCUUUAAUGUAAUUAAUGUAAAUGUAUAAUUUUUUUUAAAUUUACAGUUAAAUAUUGUACAUAUGAAAACACAGUGUGUAAUGCAAAAUGUAAUAUAGUAUAAAUAAUUAAAAGAUAGUUCUAAUAAUUCUUAUUUCUUUAUUCAUACUUGUUCAAAUAGGAACAUUUGUACAAAAUAUAUAUAACUUAAGUAUUAUAUUAUUUAAAAAUAUAAAUUUAUUUCUAAAUUUCAUAUUUAUCUUUCAGAAUUGAAAUUUCAUCUUGAGACACGUUUUCGACUGUUUUGCAAUAUUCAAAAAGAGUUAUUAAAUCUAAAAAUUAAAAAGAAUUGUUAAUAUUUUACAUUAUUUUUAAUUUUCCACAAUAAUACUUACUUUUUUUGUCAUUAUUAGUAAUAAACAUAAUAAGUGCUCUAAAUCGCUUAACCUGACUGAGAUCUUUCAAGUAACAGAAUAUUUGAUCUUUCCUUUUUAUGAAUUCUAUGCUCAAAAUUUCUAUUAUUUGACUAAAAAUAUCUGACUCCAUUGAAUCUUGAAAUAUUUUAGGUAAACUGUUCUCUGGUAAUUGCUGAAAUUUUAAAUUAAACUAUAUACAUUUAAAAAUCCUAAUUUUCAAACAUCAUUCUUACCUUCAAAUAUUUAUAUCUGAAUUCCAAUGAGUUAUUUUUUUUCCAAUUCAUUAGAAACUGUACAGCUGUUUUAGGUAUUGGUGAUAUAAAGCCAAUAUCUUUCGAAGGAUCAGAAACUUUGACACAACUAUUUUCUUUAUGAAAUUCUAGUACUGGGUUUUUACAAAGUUCUUCUUUCUGUCCUUCCAUUUGUAUAAUUUUUUUAUUAAAUUCUUCUAUCUGUACAGAAUUUUUACUAGAUUCUUCUUCCUGUACACGAUCUUUUUUCUGUACAAGAUUACCUUUGUUUCCUACUAUUUUGUCAUUAGUAUAUUUGUACUGAUCUAUACCAAAUUCCAAUUCUUGGAUAGGUAUUUUUGUCAAUAGUUUCUGUAAUUAAUAAAUACUCCAGAUAUUCAGGAAUAUGGUACAUAUUUGAUGUUGUAAUCUUACCUUUGAACGCAAAUGAGGAGGUUUCUCUAUUGGUUCUAUUACAGUAACUUCAUUCUUCUCUGGCAACCAAUCUGGAAUACGCAGAUCUCUUUUCUUUUUUAUAUUGGUAUCGCCCACAUCAUCUUUUGUAUUUUCUAUACUAUCUUUAACAUUCGUGAUAACCUUAUUUUCCUUUAUAUGUUUAGGCUUUAUAAUAUCCUUAGUUCCCAUGCUUUGUACUUUUGAUGCACUAUUGCUCCACAUUUGAUCAGCAAUCUUUUUUUCAAUUGGCUCCUUAGUACCUUUUUUUUCAAUCGUUGACUGCUGUGUAUCUUUUUUCGCUGUAGUGCUUGCCUGUACAAAGUGCCACUGUUAAGUAAUAACAGUUUAAUUUUAAUUAAAUAAUAAACAUCGUUUCUCAAUUAUUCAUCACCUCUGAACAUUUAAGCUUGUUCUCAAUUUGAUCUAGCAACAAGUUGGCUUCUUUAUUAGAAGGUUCUAAUUUCAAAACUGUCUCCAAAUCUCGUUUAGCUUCUUUAUAUUGUUUUAUAUUCAUUCUGGCUGUGGCCCUUCUGUGGUAAGCUUUCACAUAAUUGUCAUCUAACUGAAUUGCAGCAGAAGAAUCAGAUUCAGCGGCAUAGAAGCUAAAAAAAGUCAAUGUUGUCUCGCAAUCUUAAAUUUAAUGUAUACAUAUAAUUAAGAAACAUAUAUAUAUAUACAUACUUGUUUAGUUUUAACUGACACAGUGCACGAUUUGCAUAAAAAACCGCAUCAUAUGGGAAUAGUUUUAUAGCUUUAUUGUAGCAGCCAAUUGCUUCUAACCACUUUUGUUGCUGUACAAAAAUAUUGCCCUUAUUUUUAUGCUCUGUCGCUUCUUCAUGUGCUUUCUUCAAUUCCUCUUUGGACAUAUGUUCAUCCUCAGAUUCAUCCAAUUGUUCUUCUUUAUCCACUUCUUUACAAGCUUUAUCCUUGUGAAGUAACGUUACAAAUAAAACAUUGAAACUUUACAAACACGUUCAAUUCAAUAACACCAUAGGAAACUUACUACAUCAAAUUUAUCCCAAGCGGAAUAAUCGUACGAUUUAAUUCUUUUCAUUUCAGUAUUGCUUUCAUCUUUUUUUAUAACACUCUUCGUUUUGUUUUUGUGCUUUCUUCUAAUCGGCGGUAAGAUAAUCUGCAAAAAAUAAUCAGUGAAUUUCAACGUUCCGAUAAAUGCAUAGUAUGAUUAUAAUCAGUACCUGACCACUUGUUUCUUUCCGCAAUUGUUCAUCCUUGUGUUUCAUUUGUUCUUCCCAAUUCUUCAUGUCUAGAAAUUCCUUUUGCAAAUCCUCUGCAUUGUCCCUCACUUGCUUUUGCAUCAAAAUUGACUUGUCCAUCUCGUGUAACUUGAUUCAAUGUCAACGGUGAUAAAAUUUAGGUUACGUUCUCCUCUAACGAUUAUUAAAAUAAAUUAUGUCCCUUGUUGCUUAAUUUAAACAAGAUAUCAGAAUUGUGUGUUAUUUGUAAAAAUAUCAAUGAUGUAAACCAUUCGUCCAAUUCGUUAUAUCUAAGUUAUUACAUUCUGUCACACGUAGAAAAAUUGUCGACAAUGAAUUCCUAUAUACCAAGAUUCCUUUUGAUUCAUUCAGUCGGAACUUUUACUAUUGCAAGUCCUUUAAUUACACAGACAUAGAACAUUUUCAACAAAUUUUCAAAAUAUGUUUCUUGAAGCUGCUGCUUCGUCCUGGAGAAUCUUUAAACUGUUGAUAGGAGAUUCAAACUACAGACGGAAUACGAAAUAAAUUUCACAUCUCAUAGAAUCCUACAUUUCAUUCUUAUCCUACAUUUUAAAAUGAAGUUUUAUAUGAUGGAGUUUUAUAUCGUAUUCGUCGUAAUAUAUUUUAAUAGUAUUUAUCUUUUAGUAUUUAAUUAUUAUAAUUUAAUUAUUAUAAUUUUAUAUUCGCGCGAUAUAUAUAUAUAUAUAUCUGUCCUUGUUGCACAUUAUUGCGCUCCUUGUUUAUGGACAGUGCUGCCAUCUGAGUCAUUAUAUCGGUAACAUAGAUAUAAUUUCUCUUGUUUCCGCUAGAUGGCAGCACGUUCCGUAGACAAGGAAAGCAAUAGUAUCCAAUAAGGACAGAUACAUAUCGCAUAUCAAACAAGAAGAGCAAUAGUGUGCAACAAGGAUAACAACAGAUUUUAGUUCCAAUUUUUCACCGCUACGCGGCGCUAGUAUUUUAAUGCCCAUAAACCGCAAUUUUUAAUUGCAAGAACCUAUGGUCUUUCUUUUCUUUCAAUAGAGUCAUUUUUAAUUGCAAAAAAAUCUUAUUUAGGGAAUUAAUUAAUGAACUUUUACAAUUGUAUUUUCGAAAUUAGACUGUCAGCUCACUUGCUACGUUCUAUUUAACUUUCGAAAUCUGUGUAGAGAGAAAAUUCUACUCAAUAGAUCGAAGCAUGGGCUGAGAUAAUUAUAUUACAAAAUUAUAAUAUAAAAUAUAAUUAAAAUAUAAUUAAAACCGAUAUUGCAACUGUUUCAAUUAGAACCGUAAUCUAAAUUAUUUUAACAGUUAUUUUUGGGUCUAUUUCAAGUAUUGCUGUUACAUUAUGGUCUGGCCAUACAGGUGAGUCAUUCUACUUAAGAAUUUCUGUCGCAUACAGACUCACUCUACUUGCAGAUGUCUGACUACAUACGGACUCAUUCUAUUUAAUGAUGUCUGAUUAUACACGAACUCAUUCUAAUUAACAUUUAUUUUGUUUUUUAUGAUUUUAUUUGAGUAAUUCUAAUUUGUUUUAUUUCAUUUUAUUUAUUCCACUCGAUCUACUUUAUUCUACUUAGUUUUAGUUUAUUUUAUUUCAUUUUAUUUUGUAGUAUUUCAGUUUAAUUUAA